AUGGCGCCAAAAACCAAGAUCAUCAUCGAUACCGACCCGGGCAUCGACGACAUUCUCGCUCUCCUUUUGGCCUUUGCCGCCACUCCGGAGGAAGUGGAAGUGCUGCUUAUCUCGUUGACAUUUGGCAAUAUUGAAGUACAGAGCUGUCUACGCAAUGUCAUUUCAAUGCUGCACAUUCUCGAGCGCGAAAUGCAAUGGCGCAAAUCACUAGGCAAACCGGAGGGUUUCGAUGCGUUGCGAGCGCAUAAGCCUAUCAUUGCGGUGGGCGCACAGGAGCCGCUGGACGACCAGAAGAUGCUCGCGGAUUACUUUCCGCUACUGGUCGUGCCGUAUCUAGAUGGGAAGGAUGGUCUUGGUGGGAUUCACUUCACCCAUCCUCACCUCACUCCCGGCGAGACAUGGGAGCAUCUUUUUGACCCUAUUCAAGACCCGGAAGUCCUGCCGAGUGUGGGUUCUGCAACGGCGCAUCAGUCGUUCAUCCCAUCCAAACGCGCUGCAUCGGAUGAGAUUCUCCAGGUCCUCAGUGACAAUGAACCAGACACUGUGACCAUUGUUGCUGUUGGUCCGCUGACAAAUCUCGCCCUGGCCGCCGCCAAAGACCCCGAGACCUUCCUCCGUGUGAAGGAAGUGGUCGUUAUGGGGGGUGCUAUCAAUGAGCCUGGGAAUGUAACACCAGUAGGCGAGUUCAACGCCUACGCUGAUGCGGUUGCUGCAGCGCGCGUGUAUGCCCUCACAUCGCCCAACCCGCAGAGCACGCUACCCCCAAGCAAGAUACUAUCAGGGUACCCAGCCAAACUCAGCAAAACGCUUACCCUCAAAACCUUCCCGCUGGAUAUGACUAAAAAACACGACCUCCUACGCGGCGACUUUGAUCGUACCAUCACACCCCUCCUCCAAUCCGGCAGCCCACUUGCUGAAUGGGUCGAUGCGUUCAUGGCGCAUGUAUUCCAGACCCUGGAGCGUCUGCACCCGGGUCACGAGGGUGCAAAGGCCAGCUUGACUCUGCACGACCCGGUUUGCGUGUGGUACGCGUUGACGGCGGAUGAUCCCAGAUGGAAGCCUACCAAGACAUCGCCGGAGGAUAUCAGAAUUGAGACUGUAGGCCAGUGGACGAGAGGGAUGUGCGUUGUUGAUCGCCGCAACAGGCACAAGAUUGAAGAUGAUGUUGAGAGCCAUAGUGACCAUGGUUUGUGGUUGAGUUCGAGGGCAGGGAACAGGGUAAUCAGGAUGGAAGAUUCGCCUGGUGGGGAUACCUUUGGAAUGCACUUGAUGAGCAAGUUGUUUGGCUAG